AUGAGGUCCCUGCUGAAGCUCACCAUGCUGUUGUUCUGCGUUCAAGUGGGAGAUGGACACUGGCUGAGGACGCUACUGGCAUCAGGCAAACAAGAGCCUGGGCUCCAGGAGGACCAGAGGAAAAGAGAUGGAAAGCAGGAGGAGGUUGUGGUCCGGCCCCGCCGCAGUGCUGAGGAGCCAUGUGGCCUUCAUUCCGUCCUGCUUCCCGUACGAGACCUGGGUCUGGGCUACGACUCUGAUGAGAUGGUGCUGUUCAAGUACUGCAGCGGUGCCUGCCCUCGCAUGCUCUCCAACCACGACCUCACGCUAGCCACCCUGCAGUACAGUGGCGCACUGCCACACACCACCCCGUUACGCCACCACGGACCUUGCUGCCGCCCCACGCGCCUGGAGGACAUGGCCUUCCUUGACAACGCCCACCGCUGGCACAAACUCGAGAAGGUCUCUGCCUCCGCCUGCACCUGCAUCGGCUAG